AUGGAGUGCAAUGAACUAUUUGUGGCUGAGCCCACCUUGAUAAACGACGUACCAGAGAAACCGAAGCUAUUCAAGGUAUACAUUAAGAAGUUCGAACGCCAAGAAGACCCUCGGGCUCUGCAGCAUUGGGAGCGGGAAGCAGAGGCUCUCAGACACGUGGGCACCCAUGCCAACAUUGUCCAAAUUACACACUCUGAUGCGGUAUCUCUCACGAUAACUCUGCGGUGGGCACCGGGUUACAGUCUCGAUCACUUCAUCAAGUCCGACACCAAACGAUGCACACUCACACACGACGACGCAAGGUUGCUGUGGAAGCAGAUGUCCAGUGCCCUCGCGUACAUCCACUCGAAAUCAACUAUCCACGACGAUGUCAAGCCGCACAACAUCGUAUGGAACGAGCAGCUCAAAUACGCAGUCCUCAUCGAUUUCGGCGCUGCACUAGUCAAUCCCGAGAGCUUACCAGAGGGCGGCUGGACGCCUUCCGGCACCCCGCCAUACGCGCCACCAGAGUUCUUCGAGAAGAAGAAGUGCCAAGCUGGCGACAUGUGGGCUUUGGGGGUGACGAUGUUGUUUGCUUUUGGGGAUAUUCCCCUGCCUGACGGGUCAUGGAUUCUGCCGCAUGUUUUUGAGAACGAAGACGCCAAAGACGAGAUGAUGCAGUGGCUUUUGAGGAUAGAGAGUAAGGGAAAGUCUUUGGAUCAUGCAGGCGACGGAUCAUUGCUGGCUCAAAUGUUGCAUUGGAACCCAGGACCAAGGAUCAGUAGUGACGAUCUUGUGCGGCAUCUUGAAGCUUGA